AUGGCUGAAGGUACUACAGGAUCAUAUGCAACUAUGUCACUGGGUGAGGACAAGAGAAUUGUGGUUCAUUCCCACAUUCCUAUACCUUCCCCUGGCACAGCAAAUGCACCUUGGUUUGACAGCAGAGAUGCUACCCUGUUUAUUGAAAGGUUUUAUCAGAUGUGCAAGAAUCAUGGGGUAAUUGACCCUAAAAACAUUAUUGAAUGGUUGGCUAGGUACUGUGUUACAUGGAUUGGAGAAUGGAUGAAGACCUUGGAAGGCUACAAAGAAGGUAAUUGGGAAGUAUUCUCCAAAGAGAUUAUUCAUGAAUUUCAUGAUCAAGACAUCACUUACAAGAUUCACCAUCAGGAUUACCUCCAGAGGCUACCUGAGAAGCUCCAGAAUAAGGUUAUUGACAAGGCCAAGCUCAAUCUUUCAGACAAUAUGUCGCCUAUUGAUUUUAGGAAAGUUGUUCAGGUGACCAUGGAUUUGAUCAACCAGUAUGAAGAGAAUAAGAAGAUCUUUAAAGAAGAUGAAAUAAAACAAAAGAAAAUGGAGAAGCUUGGUGAGCAAUAUCAAUUGGCUAACAAGCCCCCUACAGUUGAAGCUCCAAAGAAAACAGCUAGUUUUGUGAAGACUGAAGAAUCUGAAUUGAAAGCCAAAGCCAAGGGCUCUGACAGCACCAAUAUUGAAGCUGCUAUUGAAAAGAUGACCAACAAGUUCACAAAUUUGGCAUUGACCAUGAGAGUACAAUCAAAUCAGAUACAAGGGAAUUCCAAUCAGUAUUAUAUGCUGCAGAGAGAAGGACCUCCAAAACCUAUACCAAAUUAUCCAACAAAUGUGACUGUUAAUCCUACAACUGUACAAGAGAAUACUCAACUGCCAGUCAACCCCUAUUUGGCUCAAAAUGGCUCUCCUAUGACAGGCUAUAGUAGUGCUCAUGGACAAGGAGGAGCUCAAACUGGAGGAAUUUCAACACAUCCCUCAUGCUUCUACUGUGGAAAACCUGGACAUCAUCAAUCUCAGUGUUAUGAAUACCAAUCCGAUAUGAGUAAUGGAUACUGCCAUAUUGAUGACAAAGAGAACUUACACAUGGGCUCUAAGGGUCAAAACUAUCAAGCUGUCACUCCUAAACCUGGAAUCCCAAACAUGUAUAUUGUGCGGUCUAUGGAAGAGGAUGAAUGGGUGAUUCUGGAGUCAACAAGCCCUAAAAAGGAGAUCAAUCAGCAAGAAGAGACAUCUCCCGCAAAUUCAAUCAGUGUGAAGGUCCAAGCAGGACGGCUUGCAUAUCUAAUGUCUGAUGGAGAAUCUGAUUUGGAUAAGGAAUAUGAACCAUUGGAAGAAAGAACAUCAGUCAAUGUUGGAACAGUUGGAGAAGCUAAGAACAAUCAAAGAGCUAAGAUUGCAACACCCCAUACUCAGUGUACUGGACAAUUUAUUACUUACUGGGAUAAUCAGGCUAGUGUUGAUGACAAUGUCAUGGAAGACAUUGAACCAAUCAAUCAGAAGAAGCCUGAAAUUCAGAACAAGUCUGUGGAGAAACAAAGACCAAGAUAUUCUGCAACAGAUCACUUAUCCUCUCAGAUCUGUGAUUCAACAGAUGCCAAUGAAUUAAUGGGUUGA